UCUUCAUGGGGUACGUUGGCAAGUGUGUCUUGCUGGGCCAAUUAAGAACUUUGUUGUGGCCUGGAGAAGUUCGACCUGCUAUCAGGCAAAAAAUUGGAAAGUUGGAGCCUCACUUUGUCAGCUGUCACUUGGAAUCUUCUGGAGCUCUUGACUUGGCACCCAUAAAGGAUAAUACUCUGAAUGCUUCUUUCUUUCAUUUUACCUGCUAUACUAACUUGACAUGCAGUCAAAUCAUUUUGAACUUUGGGACUGAGAUCUGCCGGCCUGGGGGAAAAAAACCCCUCCCAUUUUCAGGGUACCAGAGAUAACAGAAGCACAUUGUUGAGGAGCAAUGAAAGGUCUCUGCCUGUGGUUAGCUCUGUUGACCUGCCUCAUGGUGAAAGUCUAUGGCAAGAUCUUCAAUCGCUGUGAUCUGGCAUCAAUAUUGCAACGCUGGGGGUUGGAUGGGCAUGAGGGCUACAGUCUGGAUAACUGGGUCUGCUUGGCAUAUUAUGCGAGUGGUUUCAACACAGCUAAGGUAACUCAGAACUCUGAUGGUACUUCUGAAUAUGGCAUUUUCCAGAUCAACAGUCGCUCCUGGUGUGCUGAUCACCACAGCACUUCGAGGAACCUCUGCAGCUUAUCUUGUCGUGAUUUGGUGACUGAUGAAAUCAUCGAUGAUAUAAUUUGUGUCAAGAGAGCUGUAGCAGGUCCAGAAGGUUUGGAAGCCUGGGAUGGUUGGCGAAAUCAUUGCCGUGGAAAAAACCUGCAUUACUGGACAGCUACCUCAACAUUAGAAACUGAAAAGAAGGUGGAACAAGAAGAUGGUUUUGUCAAUGAAGGGAGUCAUGCAAUACUCCGUGAAAACAAUGUGUGCUCUAAGAUCCAUUUACAGAAAGUGAAUGGCAUGAGUGGAAGGAGUAAAAUAAUGGGGAAAUCCACCAAUCAGGAUCAGCUGUUUCCUGUCAUACAUCCCAGGGCCAAGAUGAUGACUUUCUUCCUACAGACAUUUCUACUAGCUUGCUUUGUAGCUACUAUACAAACCAAGGUCUAUGGUCGCUGUGAGUUGGCUCAUGUGUUGAAGAAGAAUGGGAUGGAUGGAUAUGAAGGUUACAGCCUAGCCAGUUGGAUGUGCAUGGCAUUUUACGAAACUGGUUUUGACACCAAGGCCAUUGAUCGGCACAAAGGUGGCAGCAAAGACUACGGCAUCUUCCAUAUCAACAGUGGUUUGUGGUGUAAGGAAAACAGUGCCUUAUCAAAGGCCAUUUGUGACGUAGCUUGCUCAGAUUUGCUGAAUCCUGAUCUUGAAGAUGACAUCACCUGUGCCAAAAAGAUUGUGAAAGGCUCCGCUGGCAUGGCUGCCUGUGUUGGGGGAAAGAUCUUUGGACGCUGUGAAUUGGCCCGAGUGUUGAAGAAAUCUGGCUUGGAGGGAUAUCGUGGAUACAGUCUGGCUGAUUGGGUCUGCUUAGCCUUCUAUGAGAGCCACUUUGACACAGCGCUUGUGGACCAUGAAGCUGAUGGCAGCACCAGUAAUGGUAUCUUUCAGAUUAACAGUCAUAUCUGGUGUGAAGAUUACAAACACGCUAAACCAAACAUCUGCCAAAUGCAUUGCAGUGAUCUGCUGACAAGUAACAUCAAUGAUGAUAUCGUCUGUGCCAUGCGGAUUGCACAAGGACCCAGAGGCCUGGGAUCUUGGAUGGGUUGGAGAGAAAAUUGUGACGGUCUACAAUUGUCUGUCUGGUUGAAAGGAUGCAAACUAUGAGGAGAAAGACUGAGAAAAAAGAAGGUACUUAAGGCCAUGAAAAUGCUUUAAGAGCCCUGGGACUGUUGCCUUCCUGAAGCUAAGCAACUCUACUGGAUAUAUUUUUAGAAAAACUCUGGAUUGUCCCUUACAAGAGGGAGCAUGUAGCUUGGACUUUGAUUUGAGAAACUCAUCUUGUGGUAUAAAAAAGCUUAUUUAAACAAUAGGAUUGACCUCUAUUAAAAAACUCACAUAA